CGUCUAAUCGCGACCGUCGCGGCGUCCUCAGCGAAGUGGCAAUCCGAACGGGAAUUAGGCCUUCUCAGGAAGUUACUAUCCUUCACAAUCCAGCCAACUUACUGGACAGCGACUAUACGUGCGUUGGUCAGUCGCAUGCACUGCAGCUCGCGAGAAAAGUGAGCACCAUGUUUCCGUCCAUCGACCGAAGUCUGCUGCCCAUAAAAGCACACUACUUCCUGUACGUUGCAGCUCAAGCCUGCGUUCUUCCGUACCUGGCAGCGGUCGGUCGAAGCAAUGGCAUACCCGAAUCGAACAUCGCCUACAUAUUCGCCCUCAUUCCCUUUGGCGCCAUCUUCGUGAAGGUCGUCUGCGGCUACAUCGCCGACAAGACGCAGAACGUCACUGCCAUACUUCUCGUUCUCGUGUUGUCCCUGCUCGUGUCGAACGGCAUGGUGUUCUUCGGCAAAAGUGUGCAGGACCCAGUGCCUCCACCGCUAGCGCGUCUCAGCUGCCCGCUGACUAAUGUGUCCCUGGACAACCCGUUCGUCAACUGCACAGAACUGGCGCCUCCAUGCAACCUCGAAUCGUGCGCCCACAACGCGUCCACGGAGGCCGACGUUGUCCUUUACGGCAACGUCUCGGCGGCGAGCUCGGACGCUGUGUGCUCAUUGCUGCAACCGAACGACACGACCUUACAUCGUGCCUUUCCCUUCGAAGUGUGCCACUUGAGCUGCUCGUGUUUUGAGGCCAGCUACAACGCGGUCAACUACGGCAUCUACGUCGUGUUCGUCGCCGUCUCCUUCAUGACCGGUGCAACAGUGUUCGUGCUCUCUGACGCUGCCGCCUGCGAAAAGCUCGGUGACAGGGCCAAUUGCUUCGGCAAGCAGAGGAUCUGGGGGACCAUAAGCUGGGGCAUCCUAAGCCCCAUAGCGGGAGUCGCGAUAGACGCUGCAAACACUGCCACCAACGGCCACGCCAAGUACACCCCGGGAUUCUACAUCUUCGCCGCGCUUAUCGUAAUGGACAUGAUCGUGCUGCACUGGACGCCGCGUCUCAGGAUGGGCGCCCGGUCGUCGAGUUUCUUCAAGGACCUCAAGACUGUCUUCGGUGGUUGCGAGUUCAUAGUCUUCACCGUCUGGACGUGCUUCACCGGAGUGUUCUUCGGCGUGCAAGCCGCGUACAGUACCUGGUUCCUGGAGGACAUCGGCGCGCCCAAGCUGGUGAUCGGCCUCGGCUUCGCCAUCAUGACGCUGCUGGCCGAACUACCACUCCUCUUCGUGGCCGACAAGAUUCUAGUUCGGAUAGGCUACUUCUCGUCUUACUGCUUGUCGUUCGCCUCGUCCGCCAUAAAGCUUAUCGCUUAUUCGUUCCUGAAGAACCCGUGGCACGCGCUCUUCAUCGACGUCAUCGGCGGUGCCGCAUUCCCAUUGGCUUUCGCAUCGAUGACCGUCUUCGCCAGGGAGAACGCUCUCCAGGGCACAUCGGCUUCAGUGCUGUGCGCGCUCAACGCCUGCUUCGAAGGAGUCGGUGUCGUCGCUGGGAACUUCAUUGGUGGAAUAUGUUUCGAAAAAUUCGGUGGCAAGCUGACCUACCAGUACCUCGGCGUCGCGUCGACCAUCUGCGUAGUCGGCUGUGCAAUCUCGGGCAUGGUCGUGAGGAAGCUGCGUCCGAGAGACUCACUCCGGAAAUCUCCCUUCUACGAAUCAACCGGUGCCUAGUUUCUCCAUUCCUAAGUGCGAUAAAACGCAUUGACAAACAUAUCGUUGACGUGGCGUCGUCCGACAUCCACCUAUAGCCUUGAAUGAUGGUGGCAUAUGCGGCAUAUACAGACACUUCGCCUACGUUAAC